GCGCCGCCCGGGCCCGGCCCGUCCCGUCCCGUCGCGUCCCGUCCGGCCUGGCCGCAGGUGCUCCCGGAUGCGGCCGACCCGCGCGCCCUGAGCGGUCCAUUAGUCGAUGGAUAACGUGGGGAAGAUGUGGAGCCACUUCAAGUACAGAUGCCAGAGUCUGUUCGGCCACGAAGGAGGAGGCCGGGCUGAGGCCACCGACCUGAACUCCAGCCGCCUGUCCGUCCCGGAGAGACGCCUCGGCGUGGUAGAUGCGGCCCCUCGGCAGCAGAGCAGCCUCCUGGGAGAGAACGCAUGCUUGUCACCAGCAGCCAGCCCCGCCAGGGUGCCCUCUAGGAGGACCCAGAACUGUGCUGCAGAAAUCCCCCAGGUAGUUGAGGUCAGCGUGGAGAAGGAGACCGAGGCGUGUGCACUCCCAGGCCCCAGGCUGGCCAGGAGGGACUCGUACACGCGACACGCGCCCUGGGGUGGCAAGAAGAAGCAUUCCUUCUCCACCAAGACGCAGAGCUCCCUGGACACAGCCAGAGUGUUCGGGAGGACUCGGGGCACGCUGCAACGGCGGGAGCGGCGCUACGGGCUGGGGCCCAGCCAUGAGCUGGAUGGCACAUCCUGCCGGACCCUGGGCAGCCGCUCCCUGCGCCAAAGGCUGCAGGACACAGUGGGCUCGUGCUUCCCGCUAAGAGCGCAUGGCCGGGCCCCCAAGCCCCUGCCAGCCAGCAGGCGUAAGAUCCACCUGUCGGAGCUGAUGCUGGAGAAGUGCCCCUUCCCGCCGGGCUCUGACCUGGCCCAGAAGUGGCAUCUCAUCAAACAGCACACGGCGCCUGUGAGCCCACAUUCAGCCUUCUUCGACACCUUUGACCCAUCCCUCGUCUCCACAGAAGACGAAGAAGACCGGCUCCGGGAGAGAAGGCGGCUGAGCAUCGAGGAAGGCGUCGAUCCGCCGCCCAACGCCCAGAUCCACACGUUUGAGGCCACGGCCCAGGUGAAUCCGCUCUACAAACUGGGACCAAAGUUAGCGCCGGGCAUGACGGACACGAGUGGGGAGGCUUGUGUCGGCCCCCCCAUGCCCGGGGACCCUGAGGACGACACCACCACCCUGUGCCUGCAGUCCCGGCGGCCCAAGCAGCGCCAGGCGUCCGGAGACAGCCACGGGCACGCCGGCAGGCAGGGCGCCUGGAAGGUGCACACACAGAUCGACUACAUCCACUGCCUGGUGCCUGACCUGCUGCAGAUCACCGGCAACCCCUGCUACUGGGGCGUCAUGGACCGCUACGAGGCCGAGGCCCUGCUGGAGGGCAAGCCCGAGGGCACCUUCCUGCUGCGGGACUCAGCGCAGGAGGACUACCUCUUCUCCGUCAGCUUCCGCCGCUACAACCGCUCCCUGCAUGCCCGCAUCGAACAGUGGAAUCAUAACUUCAGCUUCGACGCCCACGACCCGUGCGUUUUCCACUCGUCCACCGUGACGGGGCUGCUGGAGCAUUACAAAGACCCCAGCUCCUGCAUGUUCUUCGAGCCGCUGCUCACCAUCUCCCUGAACCGGACCUUCCCGUUCAGCCUGCAGUACAUCUGCCGCGCUGUCAUCUGCAGGUGCACGACCUACGACGGCAUCGACGGGCUCCCGCUGCCUGCCGUGCUGCAGGACUUCCUCAAAGAGUAUCAUUAUAAGCAGAAGGUUCGCGUGCGCUGGCUGGAGCGAGAGCCGCUGAAGGCCAAGUGAGCUCUCCCCGGUCGUCCCCCUUCUUCCCCGGCAAAGGGCAUCCACUCCAGAUCUGCUUUUCUGUGCGCCACUCAGUGCGCACACGCACCGCACACACACACGCACACAUCAGCGUUAGGUUGUCUCAAUGUAGUCCAUAAGCUCUGUGAGGUCCUGCAGCCCCUGUCUACAGCAGAGGGCAGAGCUCCCGGAGUUCAGUGCAAGCACGAAAGGGCCCUGCGGAUUUAGCCCAAGGUUUGGCAUCUCACAGCCUGAGUGAUGGAGGCAGCACUGGGGCAUUUGCUACAAAGGAUUCUAUUUCUUACCAGAAAACGAAUUAUUCAUAUGGGAUGAGUAUUUCCAACCGCGUGACUAAAUAGUGGAGAUUAUUUUUUCUAAGAAUUUUUUUAUAACCUUCCGACAGUAGAAGUAGUCAUGAUGUUUAUAGUUUCAAGAUAUCAGGCUCUGGAAGUCAAAGGGGAGGGAAGACAGCCUUCCUUUGGGGGGAAUCAGGCGAGGAGGGAGGAUGCAGGGUUUUUUUUUUUUGGCCAAAAGGGCAUAGUGCAGUUAAGUGUUGCUGACAGUCUGUAGUCAAUCUUCUUUUCUCUUCUGCAAAAGGUACUUAUUAAGUAAAAUAAAUUUUCUAAAUAGUAGUUAUUAAAAUUUCAGACUUACACAGUUGGUUAGUCAUUUUAUUUAACAGCCUUAGUCAUUCAUUUUUUUUUAAACAAGCGCUUUUAACUUAAAACA